AUGACAGUCUCCUUCCAUGUUCGUUCUAAGAGUUACCCAUCAAGACAACACCCUCAAGCCGCUCAUGUCAAUGAGCAAUUAACCAGGCUGAGAUCUUCUGAAGCAGCUUCAAGCUCUUCUAUUUGCCAAGGACUUACCAAGCUUCAAGAUCUACAUGAUUCUCUUGAAAAGAUGAUUCGUCUAUCUAUCACCAACCAUGCUUUAUCUCAAGAACAGAUUGAGAAGCUUCUUGAUGGAUCCCUCAAGAUCUUAGAUCUAUGCAACAUUUCCAAGGACGCUUUGUCUCAGAUGAAAGAAGGUCUCAUGGAGAUACAAUCAAUUCUACGAAGAAAGCGUGGAGAUCUAUCUAGUGAGAUCAAGAAAUACUUAUCCUCAAGAAAGUGUCUCAAGAAAUCAUUUCAAAAAGUAGUCAAGAAUUUGAAAGUGGGACAAAACAAAGAGAGCCAAGAGUCUUUGGCUGUGUUUGGAGAAGCAGAAGCUGUAACAAUUACUCUGUUUCAAUCUCUGUUUAGCUUCAUGUCCGGAUCAAAGGCUUGUGCCAAAUGGUCUUUGGUCUCAAAGCUGAUGAACCAGAACAAAGUUACAUUUGAAGGAGAAGCAAAUGAAUUCACAGUGGUGGAUUUGGAGUUCCAAUCAGAGAAGUCAUUGAAGAUUGAGGAUGUGCAGAUCCUAGAGUCAUGUAUUCAAGAUCUUGAAGAUGGACUUGAAUCACUCUCAAAGUCUUUUAUCAAAUACUGA